AUGAGCCGCCAGUGGGGCGAUGCCAAGCCGACAGCCAGACGACAGCCAUCUCAUGCCAGGCAGCUCAAGCUGGUGGUUCAUGGGGACACCAUCCUAGAGGAGGACGUGAUCAGGGACUUCGAAGACCACAAGUGGCUGGACGUGGGCGAAUCCUAUUGGGAGAUCGAGGUGAAGGAAGUGAAGAAAGUGCGAAGGAAAGUCUUGAGGCGUUUUCGUCAUAACUGA